AUAUACCUCAGGUGUGUGACUUAGGUAGUGUUAGUGUAGAACAGAAAAUCCUCCAUUUCUCAGUGUCAGGGAUGGCAGUCCAGAUCUCCAUGAUAUUUUCUGUGCUGCUUCUGAGCUCAGUUUGCGUUGUACUUUUUUUAACGUGGGGAGAUUCAUCCAUCAGAAUCAGAUGGCCUACUUUCUCAGGAAAAAAGAGACCCAGUGUUGAAGAAAUGUUGUUUCACUUUGGAAAUGAAAAAGAAAACUCGACUCCAUCUGUUGUGUUUCCACGUACAACAAAAGUUGCUGAUUACACAAAAAAACAACUAAAAAGUGAUCAAAUGGGAACUACACAUGGAGCUCUGGCUGAGACUCCCAUGCCCAUCCUCUCUCGAAGCUCUUUCAAGAAGCUUCCUCACUGGGAUUUUGAGGAUAUUUAUAACCAGGAUGCUCCACCCUGGCAGACAACAUGUGCCCAGUCUCUGCGAAACUCUGAGGAUGAAAGCUUCAAGAAGAAUUUCCUUCCCGAAAUACGUUUGUUUCUGCACAAAGACAAUAUCAACAUGAGCGAAUGGAACCGGCUUUCACAUUUUAAUAAUCCUUUUGGUUUUUUGCAAUUCAAGCAUGAUGAUGUGAUGCCUUCAGUGAAGCUUAUCCCAAAGCCAAAAGAGCCACUACUCCUUCCAGGCAGCGAUGGAUGUGUGCACUGUGCUGUGGUGGCUGGGGCGGGGAUACUCAAUGGCUCUAAAAUGGGGAAAGAGAUCGAUGCUCACGAUUACGUCUUUCGGAUGAACGGCGCAGUCAUCAAAGGUUACGAGGAAGACGUAGGAAACAGAACAUCGGUGUAUGUUCACACAACCCACUCCAUCACUACAUCAUUAUAUGUUUUCAGGAGAUACGGAUAUACAUCUGUCCCUCAUGAUAAGGGCAUAAAAUACGUGAUGAUUCCUGAGGGGAUGGAUGAUUACAGAUGGCUCAAGGGUCUUCUCAAAGGAGAAAGGAUCGCUGAUGGCCGAUAUAAAAACAAGAGGCCAAGGACGUACUAUUCCGGACAGUACAAUGAGACACGCUUCUAUGUUCUGCACCAGGAUUUCCUCAGAUACGUGCGAAACAGGUUCUUAAAGUCUCGUAGUCUGAAUGCUUCUCACUGGGCGAUUGUCAGACCGACAAACGGGGCAUUCACUCUCUUCCUGGCUCUGCACACCUGUGACACUGUGAGUGCAUAUGGAUACAUGACUGACGACUACCAGAAAUACUCUAACUACUACGCUGAGAAGUCUAAAAAAAUCAUUUUUUACGCCAACCACGACUAUAUCCUGGAGAAGGACACGUGGAAAAAACUACACAACAGCAAAAUACUUAAGCUAUAUCAAAGAACAGACUCCAAAACAGGGACAGAGAAGCCAAAGCAAGUCUGAUACAGUGAGAAUGGGAGCAAUAAUGUAUGUCAUUUUAUAUUUUUAUUAUAUGUAUUAAGGGGUUCCCCAAAGACACUGCGAGACAAUAUGUGACGUUCUCUAUUAUUGCACUGAACUCUACCUGAAUCAAUGUGUUAUUAGGAUUGUUGAAAAUAUUACAUGUUGUGGAGAACCUAAAGACUACUGGCCAAGCUGCAGGUUUGCUCAGCCAUGUCACUACACUGAUUGGUGCCUCUGUCAGUCCCACUCUGUUCUUGCACUAUGUAACUUCUCCCGGGAGUGGUGCGUAAGGCUUUACGACAUUAAAUAUAUUUUGGUGAAAUGGGAUCUUACACAGAUUUUAAUGUAAUCAUAAUAAAUGCAUGUGUAACGUUACAGCUGUCCAUAUUUACGUCCAUAAGUGAAUUGCACUCUGAAACUGUAGGGGAGAUAAAUCGCUAAAAUAUUAAUUGUUACAUUAUUUUGCUUUAAGGAUUUGAUUAACAUUUGUUGAAAGUGUGUUUUUUGUUGCUGUUUACAAAGUUGUAUCAUCCAGUAACUGGUCUAAAAUGAAGGGGUUAUGUAGUGAUUCAGAGGUGACCUUCACCGGGCCAGGUGGUGAGUAGUAGGCGCCUCUGCUCACAAGACACUUA